AUGGGCCCCGGGGUGUCUCUUAUCGUUUCGUUUAUCUCAAAUUGGAACCACACAGUAAAAUGUCGUCGUCCUAAAAGGAAAACACUUUCAAGUUAAGAUAAAUAAAAGGCGACAAAUUUUUUUACAGUGCACGAUAUCCGGAAAAUAUAAGACUACCACGUUAAAAUUUUCGCAUUUGUUUUCGGCUAAAGCGGUGCUUUAUUCAUUUUAUAAUUCAUUCAUCUGACCUAAACUUGUCGCUAGAACGUCAAUUAUGCACAGCGUACAGCGCUCAAUUAGUUGACAAACGUUCCGAGUGUAAUUUUUGUUUACAAGAAUGAAACAAUCUAAAUUUAGCGUUAAGCCGUAAGGUCACUAAAGACACCGAAGCAUCAUCUUUCCCUUUGCACGAAACCUGGAAAAAAAAUUCGCAAGUUGGAAUCUCGACACCCAGGAAGCAAAGACAAGGUGGGGAGGGGGGGGGAGACAGGGAGCGUCCUCCGAGUGUUACCAACCUAAUUUGCAACACAUCCCUACACCGCAUAGGCUCAAGAUUUUUUAACUGUUCUCGUCUGAAAUGAAUAAGUAAAACUUUCUAUAUCUUUGAAAAAAAAGCCAAGAUUUAAAAAUACCAGAUCUAAUCAUAGGUUACAACAGAUUUCAUCCAUCCCUAGGCCUUACCGUGAGUGGUACCCUUUACACACACCUUCCCCCCCCUUCCUCCUCCUCCUCCAGAAAACAAUGAAGAUACGUACAGACACCACAGAGUCCAAGAUAAGGUGAUUGGCAGAAAUGGGUGUCGGCGGGAAACUUUUAUCGACUGUGCUGAUCUGUGAUAACGUGGGAGGUCCCAAGGAUGGUCACAGGAGACUUGAGGAUUUCCUAAGUAGCUCAAACUGGACAAUCCUUACGACAUAAAAUUAUGAACUCGUCGAUGAUUUACUGUCAAUGUGAUUUCUACGGAAAGGUUCCUCCACAAAUGAGUGCUAUCACUGACAGCCUGGUGACUCAGUUAAAACUUACAACAACUCUGCCACACUUGAGCGCUAACAGCUUUGCGGACGCGCCAUUCGCAACACCAAUGCAAACAGAUAAAGCGCGAGAAACAACCGAAUUAAACGCCUCGUGGAAACCUCAGCAUCAGAGACAACAAGAAAAACUGAAUUUUGGGAUUGAGACGAUUCUGUAUGGUUCUUCAAAAUCAGGUAAAAGCUCUAUGGUUUAUCUUUAGAAAGAACAAAGGGCGACCUUUUUUCUUUACUACUAUCAAUUUCUAAGGUGCAAGCGCGCACUUAAAGCGAAUUAACUUGUUUACUGGCAGAUUUUCAGCGUUGUGUCAUUUUGAAAUCCCUACAGUUUGGUAUCCUUACCUGAAAAUUGUUAAAGCAACUACUAAGAGGUAAAAUUGAGUUCUAAAGCAAAAUAAAAGUUUUCUCCAUCGAGUGUAUAGUAUAACUUCGAACCAGGAUAGAAUAUCGAAUCCAACCUUAGUGAAAUGGAGAUUGCAAAUCGUGAUUAUUCAAAGCGGAUUGUGGCUAACAGCUUAACGUAUUUCAAUUUAAUUUGCCAUAAAACCAUUCAUAACAAUUUACAGACCAGACUCGCCGACUUCGACACCCACGAUGCAAACUCAAAAUGAACUGGAAAUUGUCAAGCGCCACCAAUCAACAUGUCUUACUGCUCAAGGCGAAAAGCGGCUAACAAAAAGAAAAUCUUGGUUUUUGGCGCAUUACACAGCGGAAAGCUUAGAACUUAACGGCCUAGCCUAUAACGUAAUAAAGGAAGUCACGAAAUAUUUUUUUCACCGUCAAAAGUAAGAGACAGUGAGUUUUUCUAUUCUUAGAGUUUUGCGCAAAUCUGCGCGAUGCUCUUUGACAGCCACGUGUGUGUCCUUUUUUGAUCUACAGAGUUCUCUUCUUCGGACAGUGAGUCGCUUUCGCUUCCGCCACGCUCACGAUACUGAUCAGUUUAAAACCAACCAAGCUGUUACUUCUCUGUUACACUACCGGCCACUAUUUCCUUUACUUAUUUAAAGCCGGAAAAUAAGUUAAUUUGGAGAGUGAUGGAGUGAUUCCAACUUGAGUACAAGAGGUACCAUAUGUACAAGACGUAAUGCUAUCUUUUCUGAGAGCUUCGCCAGUAUGUGACAUAUCCUGUUUCAAGUUACUCUCGGAAAUAGCUGCGUUGCAGCAACUUGAAGGUCAUUCCUCAGGCAUUUUCACUUUCCAGUCUUUUUCUUGCUUAGGUGUGAAAAAAGGGAAAUAGCAGAAAUUUUCAAACAUUGGGAAACCUACCUCGUCGUAACACUUCUUUAUGUUAACUGCGCGCAGUUUUUAACGUUUUGCGUCUUCGUUCUGUGUAAGUAAGAAAACGUUUUGAUGGCUGGUAAACAACGGAACAUUCUUUAUUUCCAAUUCCAUAGCCUCAUGUAAGAAAAAAAAAUCCAAUAAUCUACUUUUGUAUUAAGUGCCUAGUUUACUUGAUGUUCCAACAUUUUAACGCAUUGUUCUCUCAUUAUCUUUGUUUGGAUACAUCAGUAAAUGAUUUAAAUCAGUUUUAGAUCGUGGUUUGAUUACUUUCGUUUGCCUUUUUUUUUAACUUAUGGUCUUAAAAGCUAGUAUUACGAAAAUUGACCCCUCUUAGAACUUACUACAAAGGUAGCUUUGAACCGUAACUCCCAUGAUGUAGCUAGUAAUUUACUUUGCAUUUAGUUGCUUUCUUUUCCUUGUAAAUCAGUAUGGAGAGUCUAGUGUCAUCGUGGAAGGAUAACACCUCUCGUUUAUUCAUUUUGACCCUUACUUCAGGAAACAUAUCGUUAUCAUAAGAAGGACUAAGGCGUGGUUACUCGACUUUACUGCACAAGAGGAUAUUUUUUCUUGGUUCAUAAAAUAAAUGCAAAAAUACAUGAACGAAAAGUAAGCUUAAUUGAUUUUACACUAAAUUGGUACAAAAUUCCGCCGUGACAAGAAACCGCCGUUAAAUUGACGCGCGGGCUCAUUCAAUAUCUGCAACCAUUUCUCACUUUUUCUUCAACUGAAAGCAAAAAAGGGAAAAACAAAAACCAAAGACCGAUGGUGGUCUUAUUGAUUGUGAGGGCAUCUAGAGGUCGAAACAUUUAGCAGCUUACUGUGACUCUGGAAAGACCUUCGACACUUUGCUGGUGCCAUCUUCACCUCACACUGGGUCUUGAACCGGUCUAAACCUCCGGUUAAUCUUCUACUUAGAAUAUUGAUCCAAUGAUACACAAUUAUAUCAUCAUGAAAAAACUUACAAACUCCUUAUUUCUUUCCUCAAAACGUUUUUAAGCAUUAUUCAUUUACACUGACUAAAAUUGAAUUUCAUAUGAUUCAGAAAGAACCAUAAAUUAUUCUUAAAUUUCGUGAGAUAUCGCUUAUUGAAACUCGUGAUCUUUCACCUUUCGUUCAAGAGGCCAUGGAAAUAAUCUUUGCUUAAAAAAAUAGAUCUCCUUUUGAAUUUAAAUCAAUAUACCUUGUUCAUGUAAGUAUUUGUUAAGAGUGACAGUUGAUAAUAAGUUUAAGUUUUGCACUCAAACGAUCAUAAAAUGAUCAUAAAGACAAAUUGCCUACUUUUUUAAUAACAAUUAUUGUACAGGCAAGUCAGAAAUAGUUUUCGUUUAGCAAUAAGAUCACAGAGGUCGCGCGCCAGUUGUAAACGAAAGAUAGAGAGAAUAAAAAAUAUUUGCGUAAGUAGUGCGAGGUCGUAACCCCACCCCAUUUUAGCAGAUUAGCACUUGGGCAAGCCGUGGUUUUCCUGUUUUGUUACGCCAAAAAGCCUUUGUCUUGUGAUCACUAAUUCACCGGAAGUGCACACUUAAGUAGAUAUUAAGAUCCUUUAAAUCUUCCGAUCGAAUUGCUAUUCAAUACAUUGGUUUUAGGAAGGAACUUCAACAGAUAAUGAUCAUUUUCGUUAUUUUUCCAGACCUCUUAGACACCCGCCCAAAUGUUACCUUCACCACUCCCCUCAGUGUGACAAGGCAAACGCAUUCCCCAUCCUGGUCCCGUCCGGUUUUCUCCGACCACCAACGAAAAACGUUGGAGGACCGCUUCCAGCGUCAACACUAUUUGAAUAAACGGGAGAGAUACUACUUAUCGCUGUAUCUUGGGCUUACGGAGCAUCAGAUAAAGGUUUGGUUCCAAAACAGACGAGUCAAGUGGAGACAUUCGCAGGAAGGGAAAAAAGAUCGAAAUACAAAAUUGCACCGAGCCAAGAAAACUGCAGAGAAAAACUAAUGGAUUCGGAGAAGACGUGCAAGGGAAAAAUUUACUUUCCGGUUGUGUUGGAUUGAUGCAAAAAGAAAAAAGAGGCAUCGACUUGAUUUCGCUUAACCCUUUAACCUUUAACCCCUGAGAGUGAUAAACAUCUAAUUUCUCCCAAUAGUAUGACCCCUAAGGUCAUUAGAUUUAAGGUAAUGAUCGCAAGGCCAAGAAGGUCUUGAUUACGAGGCAACAUCUCCUUAUAAGUAGCAUAGGAUAAGUGUAGAGAAGAGAAUGGAGAACUUCCAAACUGAUGUUAGGGUGUAAAGGGUUAAGAUGUGAUUCAAGAGAUUCGCCGUAUGUGUAGUGUGAGUAAGCUCUCAUUCGCGAGGGACGUUACAAGCUGUGAAGAUGCAAGCCGAGACUGGAGAGGUGGAAUCUGCGAGGGACUGCAAACAGAUAUGUAUGUGAUAUUAUUUGGUUUUGAAUUUUCUCGCGCAAACACCCAAUUUACAGAUUAUUUCGGGGUGUAGGGGGGAAUUUCAGCUGCUCGCACGUAGAAUGCCGCCUUCCCAGGUUUGUUUUGCUUUGAAAAUGUCACUUCUUUAGUAAAGAAGUGUUUAUGUACAGUCACUUGUUGUUUUGGAAAAAUAAUGCUGUAAUCACGCACUCAUGAUUAAUAGUCGCACGUG